CUCACCCGAGUCUGGAGUGAUGCUCGAGGGCGCAGUGCCAGGAGAGCUUAGGGACAUCAACCCCUGGGGAUUUGAGGACCCAUCCGAGCUAAGCCUUUUCCUGUGUCCUCAGCCCUGCUUCCCCUCAGAGGAGAAUCUUCCUUUUGAACUUUUGUUCACUUGUGAGCUCACCCUGAUGCUAGGAGGGCAGCAUGGGUGGAUUGUUCCCGCUGGGAGCUUGUUCGGGUUGUGAGUGAGGGGUGAGCUCCCACCAGGGCUCUGGACCAGGAAGGAUUCUGAGCUUCCUGAGGGGAAUCCUGGAGACCAGGAGAACUGUAAGGUGCAGCCAUGCAGUGGGAAGUGGCUCUACCAGCGUAGGGACAACUGGAAAAUGAAGCAGGAUAGAGAAUUGAGGGGUCUGUAGAUAAAAACUUGAUUCUGGUUGCAGCCGGGGGUGACACGGGCAGGUGAGAGGUGACAACACACGGGCAUGUGAAGUAACACCAUCUCUUGGCACUGUUCCUCUAGUUUAAUCCUUGGGAAUGUCCUUUAGUGGAGUGAAGGAGCUCAUUACCAUCAUUAGCAUGAGGAUGAGCUUGCCAAGUUUACCCAGUCUUGACAAAGGGGUUUGAUGGAGUAACUCAGUUUGGAGCUUUUGAACUUGAGGAGGGUCAGAGAAGCAAGCACAGCUGGGGGAAUCUGAAAAUCAUUUGUAAAUUGAAGAUGUCCUCUCUUAGUCCCCAGAGUUUGCCUGCUGGACCUUGGAAACUCUGAAAUUUUCCCAAAAGCAGCCCUGAAGUAUUGGGAUCAAGGUGUGGCUGUUGUGGUACUUCUGUCUCAUGCUGACUCUAAAUUUUCUUUUGUCCUCAGCUGCUUUUCCUCAUCGGCUGAACCUUUUUUACUUGGCCAAUGAUGUCAUACAGAACUGCAAGAGGAAAAAUGCCAUUGUCUUUCGGGACACCUUUGCAGAGGUGCUUCCUGAGGCUGCUUCAUUGGUGAAGGAUCCAUCUGUUUCCAAAUCCAUCGAAAGAAUCUUCAAAAUCUGGGAGGACAGAAACGUGUACCCUGAGGAAACCAUUUUGGCACUGAAAGAAGCACUGAGUACCACUUUCAAAACUCAGAAGCAACUGAAAGAGUCUCUGAACAAACCGAAUAAGCCGUGGAAGAAAUCACAAACCUCCACCAACCCCAAAGCUGCUCUGAAGUCCAAGAUUGUUGCUGAAUUCCGACCCCAGUCCCUCAUUGAUGAGCUGCUGCUGUACAAGCGCUCAGAAGAUCAGAUAGAGCUGAAGGAGAAGCAGCUUUCCACCAUGAGGGUGGAUGUCUGCAGCACUGAGACACUCAAGUGCUUGAAAGAUAAAACAGGAGGGAAGAAGUUCUCCAAGGAGUUCGAAGAAGCAAGUUCAAAGCUGGAGGAGUUUGUCAAUGGCUUGGACAAGCAAGUGAAGAACGGCCCCUCGCUCACCGAGGCGCUGGAGAACGCCGGGAUCUUCUACGAGGCACAGUACAAAGAAGUCAAGGUGGUGGCAAAUGCCUAUAAAACAUUUGCCAACCGAGUGAGCAAUCUGAAGAAAAAGCUGGACCAGCUGAAAGCAACCCUUCCUGAUCCCGAGGAGUCUCCGGUCCCUUCUCCCAGCAUGGACGCCCCAUCUCCCACGGGCUCCGAGUCCCCUUUCCAGGGCAUGGGGGAGGAGAACAGCUCCCGGUCUCCAGCAGCUGGGGGCCGCAAGAUGGUCUCUCCAGAGCCUGCAACAGAUAAUCGGGAUGUGGAGGACAUGGAGCUCUCCGAUGUGGAGGAUGAUACGUCUAAAAUCAUUGUGGAGGAGAGGAAGGACAAACAGGCUGCUCCGGCCCCGGCCCCCGCCAAGACCGAGAGCGUCCCCAAAGCGGUGCCUGCGGCUGCUGCGGCUGCCACGGCCUCGGGGACAGUGGCCACGCCAGCCCCGGCCCCUCCGACCCCCCCGGCUCCCAAGGUGGUGAGCACGGCUCCCAUCCCUCCGGCACCAGCGCUCGCCUUACCCAACCUGGCCAACGUGGACCUGGCCAAGAUCAGCUCCAUCCUCAGCAGUUUGACAUCGGUGAUGAAGAGCACAGGUGUGAGUCCUGCCUCGAGGCCUUCACCAGGGACCCCGACCAGCCCCACAGCUCUCACCAGUGGCCUGAAGACUCCUGUCCUGGGAACCCCCUCUGCUCCUUCGAAUCCAUUGGCAAAUAUUCUCUCCAAAGUCGAGAUAACUCCGGAAAGCAUUUUGUCGGCUCUCUCCAAAACCCAGACUCAGACAGCGCCAGCACUGCAAGGGCUGUCAUCCUUGCUGCAGAGCGUGGCUGGAAACACCGUUCAGUCAGGAGAAGCUGCCUCACAGAGCACCUCGGCAUCUCCAGCCAACACAACCGUGCCGUGCAUGAAGGGCAGGAAUGUUCCUUCCAAUCCGCAGUCCUUUAUAGCCAAAAGUUUUGGUUAUUCUCCAAACUCGACCACCGCGGAGGUUUCCUCCACUUCAGUCAAUAAGGCUCCCGUCGGACAUACCCCAGCACUGUCAAGCUCUGGUUUUAAGCCACCAACUAAUUCCCUGGGAUUUUCCAGUUCCCACCCCACCAGUCCUUCCUCCCUUUUGCCAACAGAAACCUCACUGGGUCAAUCCUCCGAAAUUUCAAAAGCCAAGCUGGAAUCGGAACCCCCUUCUCCCAGCUUGGAGAUGAAGAUACACAAUUUCCUGAAGGGAAAUCCUGGCUUCAGUGGCCUGAACUUGAAUAUUCCCAUACUCAGCAGCUUGGGGUCCAGCAUGGCAACGGAGAGUCACGCCUCUGACUUCCAGCGUGGUCCCACCAGCACUUCCAUGGACAAUGUGGACGGGACACCAGUGCGUGACGAGCGCAGCGGGACGCCCACCCAGGACGAGAUGAUGGACAAGCCAACGUCGAGCAACGUCGACACGAUCUCCCUGCUGUCGAAAAUCAUGAGCCCCGGUUCUUCGACUCCCAGCAGUACAAGGUCACCUCUGCAGGGCCGGGAUGAUGGAUAUUCCCAAGAACUUCCCAGUUCUGUGCACGGCUACCGGCCCUUUGGCCUUGGCAGAGACUCCCCAGCCAGCCUGUACAAGCCACCUGCGGACAGCAGGGAGAUGCCCUCCUCCCUGAUGGACUCCUCCCAGGAGAAGUUUUACCCAGAUACUUCUUUCCAAGAAGACGAGGAUUACCGCGACUUUGACUACUCCGGGCCGCCGCCCUCGGCCAUGCUGAACCUGGAGAAGAAGCCGGUCAAGUCUAUCCUGAAAUCGAGUAAACUCCCUGAUUUUGCAGAGUACCAGCCCGUGCUGUCCAGCUACGGUCAGCGGUCGCAGGAGUUCGGCGUGAAGCCGUCCUUCCCCCCGGCCAUGAGGUCUAUCCUGGAUCAGAGCGAGAGCUGCGACCCGCUGGCCUCGUCCCCAGGGAUGUUCGGGAGCUACGGCCGCAGGGGGAAGGACUCGACCUCGGACGGGUCCCCGUCGCCCAGCAAGAACGACGUGUUCUUCACGCCGGACUCCAACCACAGCGCCCUGCCCAAAGCCGGCCUCCCGCAGAAGCAAUACUCGGACUCGCCCCACGCGCUUCCCCACCGCUCGCUCUUCUCUCCCCAGAACGCCCUCCCCAGCCCCGCCAGCCGAGCACCCGCGGCGGGCGGGGACAAACCCAUGGGUUCCUCCAUCUCUGCCACCUCCACCAUUGAGUUCAAGAACAUGCUCAAAAACGCCUCCCGGAAGCCCUCCGAGGAGAAGCAUUUUGGGCAGAUUCCCAAAAGCAGCUCCGGUGAGGUGGGGGGCUUGUCCGGGGUGGUGAAGGGCGAGCCGCAGCCGCCGGAGGAGCACUACCGCAUCGAGACCCGCGUCUCCUCCUCCUGCCUGGACCUGCCCGACAGCACCGAGGAGAAGGGGGCCCCCAUCGAGACGCUGGGCUACCACAACGCCUCGAGCCGGGGCAUGUCCGGGGAGCCGAUCCAGACCGUGGAGUCCAUCCGCGUGCUGGGCAAGGGCAGCCGGGGCCACGGGCGUGAGGGGAGCCGGGCGGGCUGGUUCGAGCUGAGCAGCGGCGGGAGCGCCUUCGACAACGGCCCCGCGGGCUCCUCGGAGCUGCCCGGCAUGGGCGGCUUCCCGGCGCCCUACAAGGAGCACGUGCCGCCCUUCCCGGAGAGCGUCAACAACUUCCGAACGAACAACUUCAGCUCCGCCUUCGAGCACCACCUGCCGCCGCCGCCCCUCGCGCCGCCUCCCCUGGAGCACGGGAACCCCUUCCCGCGGGACCCGGUGGGGCCGCCCGCCGUGCCCCCGCCCGCUCCCACCAAGGACCACGGCAGCCUCUUCCCGAGGGAUCACUCGGUCCCUCCCCGCAUGCCGUCGGUGGAUCACGCCAACCCCUUCUCCAAGGAAACGCCCGCGCCGCUCCCGCUGCCCCACGGCGUGCCGCCGCCCCCCUCGGUGGAGCACGCGGGGGUCCCGUUCCCCACGCCCCCGCCUCCCCCGGUGCCCGGGGAGCACGCCGGGGUCCCGUUCCCCGCGCAGCCGCCGCCGGCGGGGGAGCACGGCGGGGUCCCGUUCCCCGCGCCGCCCCCGCUGGAGCACGGCGCCGGCGCCUUCCCCAAGGAGCACGGUACGAUGCAAGGGACGCUGAAGGAGCACUUCGGGGGGGCGCAGCCGCGGGACCCCCUGCCCCGCUCGCGGGACCCCGCGGGGCCCGGCGCUCUGCCCCGGGAGCAGCUGGGGGCCGGGCGCGGGCUGGGCCCCCCCGCCCACCGGGACCCCGGCGGCCGCGGCGGCUCCGUCCUGCUCCGCACGCCCCGCGCCGAGUUCCGCCCGCGGGAGCCCUUCGGCGGCAGAGACCCCUCAGAGCCUGAAGCGGCCGCGGCCGCCCUUGGAAGGGGGGGAGCCCCCUUCUUCACCCCUAAGCGCCCCUUCUUCCCUCCCCGGUACUGAAGCAGCCGCCGAGCUCCC